UGUCAAUUCCGUUAAUGGCGGCAACCUUGUUUUUCCUGAGGUAGCGUCGGUCCGUGCGAAGCAUUGUAUUAUUCAUUUUGUCAGUAGUCUCAGCAUCAAAGGUUUUGCGAUGCCGAGAGUCACUCGAAGAAGUUUGGCUGCAAAAGAGGAGUCUUCAACUCCAGAGCCAGCAGCCAAGUCAGGCCGUGGAAGGAGGGGUGCCAAGAAAGAAGAGGCAGAAGAUGUUCCAAUAGGCGAGCCUCAAGAACUCCCUACAAAACGUGGGCGUCAAGCUGCAGCUGAAGCUGAAACGUCUGGCAGAGGCCGUUCAGGUGGUAGAGGCCGCUCUGCUGCCAAAGGAAAGAAGCAGGAAGAACCUGAACCAGAUGAUGUAGAGGAAGAAGAGGAGGAGGAGGAGGAAGAGGAGAAGAAGCCCCAGAGAGGAGGCAGGGGACGAGGAAGGGGAAAGGGAGGGAGAGGCAAAGGUGCACGAGGGGCGAGUAGAGGAGCAAGAGGAAAGGCAGCUGAAGCAGAGAAUGAAGAGGAAGACGAGGACGAAGAGGAGGAAGUAGCUGAAGAGCCGAAAGCGAAGACAGGACGAGGUAGGGGUGGAAAGUCCAGUGUGUCACCGUCCCCACGAGUUGGAAAAAGAGGAGGCCGGGGUCAAGCAGUGGAAGAGGAGGAGAACAAGGAGAAAGAAGACAGUGCAGAAAUCGGACAGGGAGAGGGAAAACUGGCAGAAGUAGAGAAUGCUCCUGAAAAUGUGGAGGAGGACAAAACGCCGAGUGGCAGAGGGCGCAGAGGAACUGCAGCGAAGAGUGCAGAGACACCGGCCUCGGGUGGCCGCAGGAGUGGACGCGGCCAACGAUCAGCUGAGGCCACCCCAAAGUCAGUAACACCUGCCCGCUCCUCUCGUAGGGGUCGAGGGUCAGCUGCAGCUGAAGAGGAGGAAGCCUCAAAACCUGUGGAGGCGGAUGAGAUGGAGGCUACCAAAGCAGAGGAGCCUAUGGAAGCAGAGACCGCCCCCCAAGCUGAGCAAAAGACUGAUUCUGAGACUCAAGGCGAAGACAAAACAGACUCUAAGGAUGUUGAAGCAGCAGAAGAGAAAGAGGAAAAAGAAGAAGAAAAGAAAGUAGAAGAAAUGGAUACAGAGGCACAACAAUCUGAGGAGCCCAAGGAUGGACCAAGCCCAAGUAAGAAGCGUAAACUUGAUGAUGACGAUGCUGAUGAGGAAAAUGUCACAAAACGCCAGAGAACUUCAGAGCCUGUCCAGGCUGAAUCAGCACAGGAAGAAGCAGAGCUUCAGGACUUUGUGGUUGUUAAUAAAGAUGAUGUGCCCGCUCCAGACAGCAAGGAGGUGACGGAGUUGGCUGCGAAAGCCACCCCUGUGAAAGAAGAUCCCCCCGCAGCCCCUACAGAGUCCACAGAGCCAGUUGCGGAGAAGGCCAUGCCCGCUCCAGUGGAGAUCCCGGUGGUUGUGCCUCUAACGGAGGCCGAGCUAGCCAAACAGUACACAACUAUCCAUAGAGAUAGGGAUGAGACGUCUUCUACCAUGGUUGAAGUGGGAAGUGAAGCAGCCUCUGAUAUCACCGGUCUCUCUUCCCGUGGACUGGACAUCAGCGAUGCUGUGUCCAUGGACUCCACCUCCAUGGACCAACCACCUUCUGAAGCAACAGAGCCCCCUAUGGAUACCUCGGCCUCUUCCUCUCCCAAGGAAGCGGACCCUGUUGCUCCCCCACUUGUUACAGAAGUAGCAGCAGUCCCCCCUCCCACAGCCCAACAGAACAGCCUGCCUGCAGCAGCAUCGGCCACUGCAGAAAGCACAACUCCAGUUCCGGCAGCAGCGACAGACACCUCGUCUUCGUCUUCAGUUGAACCCGCAGCUCCUCCAGUUGUUAAUGACAAUCAGCAGCAGCCUCCGCCUCCCUCAGCCAACUCGUCAUCUGUCCCCUCAGCUCCUGCCCCUCCGGCUCCCUCCACAGAAUCAAGCACACCAUCAGCACUACUGGCGCCUAAUCAGCUCAUUCCAACACCUGCCGCCAAGCCAAACGGCACCAUUCAGGGUUCAGGACAGGUCAAUUCAUCCCCAUUAACAACGUCAACACCAGCAAAACCACCUCUUCUGGGCAGUAAUCCUGACAAAUAUGUGCCGUCUUCGCCAGCCAUCGACAAAAGAAAGUUCAUCCAAAAUCCUAGCUUCCCCAUAGAAAUGAUGGAUCCAGCAUUCUGUUUCAGCGUGGUCACCUACAAUAUUCUAGCUGACUGCCAUCUGAGAAGAUGGGACUACUCUUUUACGGAGCCGCAGUACUUGGACCAGACCUAUAGGCACAACUUGAUGAUGAAGGAGCUGGACUACCUGGACGGGGACGUCGUGUGCCUGCAGGAGGUCAACCCUCUCUAUUACACGCAGACACUCUACCCUGCCAUGCUCAACCGGGGCUACGAUGGUCACUUCAUGAAGAGAACCAAAGACUUUUAUGAUGAGGGAGAGGCUACCUUUGUCAAGACGUCCAAAUUUGAUGUGGUGUCCUCAGAGGGUAUUUCGUUGAAGGAUCUUGCUUUCAAGGAAGUGGAAACAGCUGGCCUGAGUGAGGAGGUGGCUAGGGCCGCCAAAAAGUACCUGGACAGGGCUGAUGUUAUCUUACUCUCCCGGUUGACCUGCAAGAAGACGGGCAAGACCGUCACCAUCUGCAACAUCCACGUGGUUUAUGAUCUGGCAGCACCAGAUGUCCAGUGUGUUCAGGUGGCCUCUGCCAUUAAAGAGCUUGUCUCAAAGGCUGGCAAUGAUCUCAAUCCCCACAUCAUCUGCGGGGAUUUCAACUCGGAGGUGACCAGCCCUGGCUACCAGCUGGCAAAGGAGGGCUACUUGUCUGAUGCUCACAUCCGCAACCUCCAGGCUAUGGAGACCAUGGACAACACAGAUGGAUCUUCCCGGUCAAUCAUUAACCAUCUGUGGAGGGCAUUCCAGCAUGCUUCUUCCAACUUGAGAAGUGCUUAUGAGACUGCAGUGGGUAAAGAACCUACGGUGACCUCGUACAACAAAAAUACGUAUGUAUGUUUGGACUACAUUUUCCACUCUGCCUCUUCCCUGGAUACUGUGGGUGUCCUGGAGGUGCUAGACAAGCACGUGGUGGACAGUGUGCGGGGGCUCCCCUCUCCUGGCAUACCCUCUGACCACCUCUCACUCAAGUCUAUCUUUAGAAUCAAGGACUAAGCAGCCAUUUAGCCAUUGUCCAAGCAUGUUCCUUGUGAAGCCCCCCAUCCUGUCUCAAAACUGUCUGCUGAAGGGAUGGAAGGGGAGAAUGUUUCUUCAUCUUGACAUGUCAGACUCGAAAGGAAACAAAAGUGCUCUACUGUCACACAUUUGUAUAUUUGUUCCAGCAUCUCACACUGCAUUUUAUAUACUUGAUUAUAAUUUAGUUUGAUUGUUUCAAAAAGAUUCUUUCUUUUACAUUGUUUUGUUUUUUCCCGUGUAUUUUAUGCCAUCCCUUUCCCUCUUGAACUAUUUGGCUUCAUGUUAUUCUGAUAUUUUUGGUAUAAAAUUCCUCAUACUUAUAGAGAUGGAAGAUACAAAUAUAACACACACACACACACACAAAAAUGAUAUCAUCGAAGGUUUUACCAGAAAAUUCUACAAUUUAUUCAGUGCACAAAAAGCCGCUACUUGAAUGAAUCAUAUUUUUCUUUCAUUCUUUUUGAGUUGUAAAAAUAAGUUUAUGUAUCUUUGAGACUGGAGAACAUGAUGUCUAGACCAAGAUGGCUAGUCUCCUAUUUUUUCGUUUGUUUGUUUGUUUGUUUUUUGGUUUGAAUAUGGCUUUGUAAUGGUCUGUCAAGCUCUCAAUAACAAAGCUGGCCUGGUUUCCUCAGUUUUUGUGCAAGAAAUAGUGUUUUCAUCGGAAUAAUUGAAUAUGCAGUUUGCAAUACCAUGAGGAUGGUUUGAGAGCCUUGUACUGAAGGUAGAGGGAUAUGGCUCAGUGACUUUAAGUUGUUUUUUUUGUUUUGUUGGGGUUUUUUUCUGUCAACGUUUCUUAUUUUUAAAAAUCUUUUGAUAAAACCAGGCUCUCUUGACAUGUUUUUCGUGAAAAAGAUUGUUUUGUGCCGAUUUCCCUAAGCGUUUGAGGGUUCCUGUGGAAUUUGUUUUUCCUUUUGUCCAUGCUAGUCAGAUUUUUAAAAAGUGACUAAAAGUGGAAACUGGGAAUGGGCUUUUUGCAUACGCAGAUUGCGCCUCAUCCAAUAUCUGCUGUAGCCCGCCUAUGCUUUUUGAAAGAUGAGCACAGAAUUGAGAGACAUAGCCAUACCAUGUUGCAUUUCUGUAAAUGAUCUCAUAAGUAUACAGGGAAAUGAGGGUUCAUUCAAAUAGUCAACUUCACCUAUAACUUCACCACCAUUAAGCACAUACAUUUUUCAAUGUUAGUGGUUAUUUUAGUGUCAGGCAUGUUCUGUACCCUGUGCCAGUUUGUUUUGUAUAAUCCCCUCUAAGUAUCCUCUGUAAGUAUUUUCUCGUAGCGUGCACUUCUCAUUUAAGCUAUGUUGUCUCAUAUGUAUUGAAACGUUCCCUCUAGUCAGGCGACUUUUGGUAGAAGUUCAGUUUCACCAUUUGCUGUGGUCUGUCAUGAACUUGUUAGUUAUAGGGUGUGUGGAUGACUCAUGCUGGACAUUUUUGUCAGUGACCAUGUGCGGAGGGAUGCCUCGAGGUCUUCCUCAAAACUGUUACUUUCCAAGACUAUUCUACUUCCUGGCUUGGGACACGUCAAGGCCUGUGUAGCAGCAUUAUAGAAAAGGCCUGAUGGUAGAGAGUUUUCAGUGUAGACUUGUAUAAAGUACACAUAAGUUUUGGUCAUAAAGAAUGAAGUAGGGUCUCUCUUAAAUGUACUGUAUAGAAUAGAAGUGCUUUUUUUGGUUGACCUUUAGGAUGCAAAGUUUAUGGGAUUAUUUGAGCUCUGUAAAGUGAUGAGAAAAUGCAAAGAAAAGAAUAAGUGUCAGAAAUAUAUAGAGUCUGUUUUGGUUUGUAUAGUCUAUGACAGAGACAUUUUUUAUUAGAAGAAUUCUUAGAAUUGUAAACAUGGAAAGCGAGAGGUCCAGAAUAUCAGCUUUAAAUUGAUUGUGUUAUCAUUAUUAUAGUUGUAAUUUUUCUUGUAUAGUACGUGAACAUUGUUCGUGUGCCUGAAAAAAAAAAGGGUACACAAGCAAACAUUUCUUACUUGUUCAGUCAAAAGGGUUUUAAAUAUUGAAUGCCUUUUAUUGAUUAAUCUGCUUCCCUAAAAAAUUAUCGUGGAUUCAUGCAAAAGCUUCUAUAAAAAUGUUUAAAAAAUGGCAGAUGACUAAGAGUUCAGAGGAAUUUCCAUCAGAUUUUUUUUUUUGGAUUGGUUUUCACUAAUUGGUUUAUUGCUCAGUACCCUUUCCUUGUGUGAUCAGACAUUUGGUGAGCAGUUAGAUUUUUUUAUUUUAAUGCUGUCACAGUUCAUUGAGCCAUUACGAAGCUGCUUUCCAUCACUCCUGUCUUCUUGCAACCCUUUGAGCCUCGGCAGUGGCGCCAUUGCUUUCCCAGAUCUUUAACAAUGGCUUUUGACUGUUUCAGUAUCCCUCAGCAGGUUGCAGGGUUUGCGCAGGUGCUUUCCUAAGUCGCCUUAUUUAGGCCACAAAAUCUAUUCAUUGCAAUACCAGUGUUUCAUUUUUUUUUCUUUGUUAUAUGGCACAAUUGGACUACGUACGGGGUAUAUUAAUUGUACAGAAAAAAACUUCUUUUUGUUAGGGUAACUUUGAUCUUUGCUGUUUAUUUCUUUACCUACUUUCUUUAUACUAUAUAAGGUUAACUUGUGUCAUCUGUGCUGGAUGGGUGUUGUUUUUGUGCCAAAAACUCGAAAGCUGCAAAAGUCCAUACAUUUUAUGAAACAUAUUUCUAAAUCUAGAGGUGUUACAGAAAGAUAUUUUAUAUUGAGAAGAGGCUUGCUUUUGGCUGAAAAGUUUGAAUUUAUUUGAAUUAUUUUGGAAGGAAUUUCAAUGUUAGCACACUCUUCUCUGUUAUCCGAAGUAUUUGGAAGGGGUGGGGGUUAAGGCCAUCUGCAGGUAAUAUUUCUCCCAUUUUUACCCGGUUGGACCUUGCAAUUCUUUUUCUCCAUUUUUGAAACGUACAUCCAUUUCCCCUGAAGUUUCAAGCUCCCAUUUCUAUCAAUUAUGUUUAGAAGUCAUGUAAAAAUGGGUCUUAAAAAAUAAUUUGCAAUUUUGGGUCUUGUUUUUAAAUAUUCUCUUCAUUUUUUUUUUUUCCGACUUCAAAUUACAUCUUCUCCAUUAUUUUUCAUCUGAAUGGCUUCAUUGUUUUACACAAUAUGCGUCUAUAGGUGACUUUUACUGAAAUGGAGGCUUUUUUGAAGAUAGUAAGAAAAUAAGUUACAAUCAGUGUUUGUGUUGGGAAUUUCGAGGUUGUUUGCUAUUGUCCAUAGUACAUAUUUUCAGAGUCUAUAAUUAUUUUCAUAAUCGUAAUAUUACAAAUUUAGCGUUAUUUGUUCAUUACAUAUGUGUUGUGUAGUUUGUACUUACUGAAAAUUAAAGCCAACGGACGAAAAAUAAGAGAAAAGAUAGCUUUUGAAAUUUGAUGAAAUUGUCCAAUAUGCAGGGCGUUUUCUUGGUUGCCAUGUGCUUAAUAAUAAAUAAUUACUUGAAUUUAUUCUUUGAUGUCUGACUAAUAUAAAUAUAUCAUCGUUUCUAUAUUUAGUCAAGGGUAUAUGGAUUUUAGAAAUUUCACCAGCAGAUGGCCUUCAGAACCCGCCACAGAAACAAAAUGCUUUUAUUUAAUGUUAUGCCUUACAUUGACUCUUGGGAUUGAAACGAAGAGCACUCUAUUUACGUCUCUGCAGUGACAUGGAUGGAAUGGUGAUCGUUUUUGGGUGGCACCACUUGUUUUUAAUCUGUAUUUCAUUUAUUCCCUGCACAGUGGAACGGUACCGUCUCUUUGAUUAUGAAGACUAAAUGGUGCUGGGAGUUGUUUUGAAACUUUCUCCUUUUAUCUUUUAUUUCAUGGGCGCGGUGCUGUCUUGAGAAAUUUCUAUGGAUGACUACUAAAAUAAUUGUUUGAUGAAGUAACAGCCAGAACAGUAAUUGUUUUGUUGUGAAUGAAUGCACGUUUAUCACAGAAUUGAAUUAAAUUUGAUAAAAUUUUUAGGACUAACUGGUUUUGUUGUUGUGAAGCAAUCUAAUUGUGUUACGGGUUCAGUCUGAGUUUUUAAGAUUCCUUGAAGUGAAUAGGAUUUCGCCUUUUUUUUUUUCUCGACAUUUAGGAAGAUUGUUUUGGGUGAGCUGGUUUUGUUUUCUGUUUAGAUACAAACAUACUUUUAUUUUGUUUCUGUUCAUGGGCUUGGCAUGGUCCCUUUGUAGCAUAUUUUCUAGCCUUAAGUAACACAUGUUUAAGCAUAGAUGAGUUACUGAAAGCCUGAAGCAAUGCAUGCAAAUAUAGCCAUUAUGUCCAAGUCUAGGAAAAACAGGGACAUUUUGUGCAGUUCAUUUCAGUAAACGGGGCUUCAAAACCAUCCGUUUAUUAAUGUACAGUCCCUUGUGCAGGGCAAACAGUCAAAGGUCCAAAGCUUGUCAUCUUUCUCAGGUAGUCCGUCUUUGGAAGGCAGCUUCUCAUUCCUGGCAAGUGAAUUGUUUUUUCUGUGUCCAGCAGUCAUGAGCACAUCUUGAAUAUGUGUACAUGUCCCCGUGAAAUACUUUACAUAUAGAUGUGGUGAAAAGUAAGUUCAGUUUUUUUGCUUUUGGAAAUUCCAGGGUUAUUAGAAGUCUUUAUUUUUUUAGGUCAUUUUUUUCAUGAGGUCAUUUUUUUUUCAUCCAUCCUAAAUGGGGACUUAAACUUUAGUUUACUUUUUUGCUCUUUCCUAUAGAAGGGCGAGAAUUUAAAAACUUUUCCCAUCUUUAUUUUUCUUUCUUGGUAACUUGAUUUUUAAAACAUUGUGUCUUAUAUGUUCCUUCUUUUUAUUGUUCCCUUCCCCCUCACCCCCACCUUUAAAAAUUUCUUUUAUCCUUUUGUUGGCAGCGUUAUACAAUAUUGUUUUGGGAUGUUGUUACAGAGAGGAGCUUUCAAAGUCCCAUUAAAGUCCUUCACAAUGACCCUGAAUUAUGUACGUUUCCAUAGACUUCCUGUUAUUGUACAGAUACAUACAUUGUUACAAACAUAAUACCGUUAAUAACAUAUUUACCUAAGUCCGAGAGGACCAUCUCUGCAUCGUAGCCAGACAGUGUGUACUAUUGUAUUGUCCCAUGUGUUUUCACCACGUUCCUCCGCAAGUCUAUAUGUUGGGUAGCAGCACAACUAUUGUUACUCUGGUUCUUCAGAUUGGACAGCAGGAACGAAAGACUGCUGUUUUUUUUGUUCUCCCCCACUCUGUACCAUGUGUCAACAAAAUCUGGAAUUUCAAUUUUAAGUGCAUUUUCCCAAAAUAAUCGCCACAACUCUUGAGAUUUUUACAGGGCUUCUUCCCGGUGCUCUGGAAAGUGUAAAAAAGUGAUUUUCAUCGAAACUCUGGAGUUUCGAUGCUUGAGUUGCUACCCUACGCUGUGUCAUGCUGGUACGUCCUGUGCCCAUCACCAAACUAAUGUGACUCAUAGACGAGGCUGAGGUUAAACGGAUUAUUGUGUUAAUUGUGUUCUGGAAAUACAAAACAAAGUGCCAGUGCAUUGGUCAUAUCCUCCUUUGUUACCACAACCCAUGGAAGAUGAAAUAUGGGAAAGAAGUUAGCUUAUUGUACCAUCCAUUUCUCAAAUUUUUAAUGUAACCAUCUUAAAUUGUGGAACGAUUAUACUUGUGUAUUUUUUAUAAGAUGCUGUGUUGAAUUUGGAUCUAGUUCAUAUCACUGUUAAAUGAAAUUGUGUAUGAAAUCAAAUUUUUUUCUGAAAUAAAAGUUCCAAUUUGAUGGCCAUC